AAAGCUGUACUGGUUGGGAGCAUUUGCUGCAUUUUGGUAUCUAUGUUUGGGCAAAUUACCAGUCGACACAGGUAAAACUCAAGACCAUGAUGAGCACCAUCACUUCGCCCACCUAACAGAAAAGAUCUCUUAAACAUUUCAGAAGUGCAGCACGUGGAACUUAGUAAAAGUAUCUGUAUUUUCUGUAUCAUCCAUGAAAACCCGAUGCGUCACUGGGUACUCAAAGAAUCGUAUACCAAACACUGUGACAAAGCAGAGCACCAUAAUACUAAAAAUGAAAAACGACGGUCUAAGAUAAAAAAUGACACGUGGACACAGAUGAGGAAAAUGUACAAAUAUGUCUCUGGAAAGCACAGCAACAGCCACAACUGGUUCUUUCUUGCACAUCCCACCAUAUUUGCUGUCACUGAAAACUCCAGAUAUAUUCAGUUUACUAAGGAUGUAUCUCAGCCCUUCUGUCUGGGCCACACUGUGACAUCUGGUAACCUUGAUUUCAUGACAGUAGAAGGAGGAGCUGCUUUAACUAUGGAGGCUAUGAAAAGAAUUACAGACUUCUGAAUAAGUCUGCAUGCAUGCUAUGCAAAUCAAAGUGUGAUUUGGAACUUAUCAGAAGAUAGGCAGUUAGCAGUCUGCCUGAAAUAUGCAGGAGUUCCUGCAGAAAGAGAGGAUUCCAAAGGAAGAAUUCUAUUUAACACAAAACCAACUACACAUCUUAUUCAAGAGACAAUGUCUCAUAACCCUGAGCAAGUAGUAGAAGGCUGCUGUUCAGAAACAGCUAUUACUUUUAAUGGACUGACUCCCGAAAAUAUGAUAGUAAUGACAUAUGGUGUGUACCAGCCCAGAGCAUUUGGACAUUAUUUUAGCAUCACACUGAUUUUCUUGUCUCCAGAUGAUUCAGAAAAUCACAGAGGACUGGGGAAUAAUAGAACUGUGCUGUCCAAGAGCACUUGA